UAACUGUCGUGGGUUACACAGGGAGAUCCUCCUCCACCUCUCUGUGCUCUCACUCUCAGCCCGUAAGAUAAUACGCGACAAGUUACAGUCAGUCUGUUUGACACAGGCAACGAUCGAAGGAUUCUGCUAUUGUUUUAAAAACGGCAUUCUCCUAGGUUGACGUUGAAAAUUCGUUUUAUUCAGAUUUUCGUCGAGCAGCGCGAAUUUGUAUGUGCAAGAGAAAGAGAAACCGAGACGGAAGCUAGAGAAACACGGGAAGUGAAAGAACAAUAGAAGUAUUGGCAUUAACAGUGCGACGCGUGUAUGAGAUUGCGCGUGUGUUUUAAAAUCCAAAAAUAAUUUCCCAAAACUUUCGACCCAGUGAACACGUUAAACGCAUACAGAAGCGAUGUAUGUUGGCUGAGAGCGUUUUGCACGGUUAUUUUACGUUUUUUUUUCCAUUUUUUGUUCUUUCGUCUCCCCUCCUGUCCUUCAAUCUAUAUACGUGACUCCCACUGAGUGGGUUGCGUGCGCGCGUGCUGUAUCCGUGUUACAGGAGCUUAUACGUGCCAUUCAUAUACCAAUGCGAAUCGUCGAUAAACUCGAGGCCUCUCUCUCUUUUUCUCCCUCCUAAAAACGAGAGGUAUCGUAGAAGAAAUUUGACAAAGAAUUCAUCAAAAAACAUUACACCAAGAGUAAAUACCCUAAUUACAAGACUUGACCGAUUAUUGCCGAUGGAUAAUUAAUGCGCGGGCGCAGGUAGAGAGAAAUUGAACCCAAACGAGGUUAGGGACGGGACAAUUACGGGAGGAUUGGUAUAAUAAAAAUUGUGGUCGUCCGGAAAUUCGUGCUCAGUGUGGCGGGACAUUUUUUUGCAUCUUUUCAAUCCCAAUUUACAUAUUUAUAUCUAUGUAAAUAUAAAUUUAUAUUUCUAAGGAUUAAUAAUAAUUACACAUAAUAAAUAAUAUAAAGUUGGUGCUGUACGUUGGGCAUGGUAUACCUGACGAGUUCUUGGGGUAUGGGAGAGACUGAACCUCGGUGCUACAGCACAAAUACAAUAACAUCGUCAUCCUCAACGUCGUCAGCAACGACCGCUACAUUUCUACAGGAUCAUGACGAAGAGGUCGCCCUACACCCCCUCAACAAUCAGGUUGGCGGUCACACGAGGCUGUUACUCCUCAAUCAGAACACAAUCUGCAAGCCACUGAACCGCAGAGAGCUCGACUUUUACAGAAACAUUCCGCAGGAUAUACAAAUGUUUGUUCCACAGUUUAAAGGUGUAAUCCAAGCGUCGAGUAGCGGAGGAGAGAUGACCUUGGACAAGCGUUACAGUCCGAGUUUUCGGGAUGCAGAGAGUUCGUCACAUCAGCAGCAGGUUCCAGUAACGAAAGGCUCGACGAAACGUAAACGCGACGAUGUGCUCAGAAUGAAAAUUCACCGUAAAAACAGUACGGUGGAUGUUUUGAAGCCGGGAACGCAUUUGGACAGUGGCUCGAAUAAACAAUAUUUUUUAUUGUUAGAGAACAUCACGUCACGUUACACGCAUCCGUGCAUCUUGGACCUUAAAAUGGGUACGAGACAGCACGGAGACGAUGCAUCGGCUGAGAAAAGAAGUAAACAAAUAGCUAAAUGCGCUGCAAGCACUUCAGCUUCAUUGGGUGUUAGACUCUGUGGGAUGCAGGUUUAUCAAUCCGACACGGACCAUUAUGUAAAAAGAGACAAAUACUGGGGUCGUGAGCUGAACGAGGAAGGUUUCAAAUCUGCGCUUUAUCGUUUUUUUCACAAUGGAUACUGUUUGAGAACAUUAGCGAUACAAAGAGUGAUAACACGAUUAGAGAGCCUGAGACGAGCGAUCGAGAGACAGAGCAGUUAUCGUUUUUAUUCCUGCUCUCUUCUCGUCGUUUACGAGGGUUAUCAAAUCGAGGAUUAUACAUCGAGUACACGAAGUCCAUUAGCCAGUCACGCCGUCGAGGAGGAAUCGAACGAUGUCAGUUUCAUGGAAAAUAUGCCGCACGAGGAUGACGACGAUGAGGACGUCGACGUCGACGACGAGGUCGGGGACGUUGAUAAUCAUCCCCAUUCGUGCUACUGCGAGCCCGGACGUUCAAAUCCGUGCAGUAAUUCCUCUAGCUACAAUUUGCUUUCGGAACACGAAGAAGUUAACCAAUCCACUCUUCAUCGAGUGUUUGGUGAAGCGGCCGCUCGUGGUGCUAAACACGCUACCGGUUUUUAUCCGAUAAGCGAAGAAACCGUUUUCAUGGACCCACCUACGGAUCUCUUGAAAGCCGCGGUUGUACAAAAUUCACCCUCUUAUGAAAAUUGGAUCGGUUCGUCUUACAGCAGCGCGACGAGCAAUACAAACAGUACGCACGGAAGUAGCAGCACCAGCAGCAAUUCCAGCAACGAUGACUUUUGCUGCCGUGGACAAUUGACCAUUGCUAAUUCCGACGACACUAGCUCCGAUCUCGACAUUGGCACCAAAUGCACCCUUAAACGUACUCGACCUUCGAGAACGCGGGAUUUUCGUAUCUACGAAAAUACCGAAAGACAUAAAAACAGCGAUGAGGAUUCCACCAGCAUUUCCAAAAGAUUACGCGUUAAAAGUGAAUUACCUCUCAAGGACACACAAAACGAUCCACAAGUCGAUGUUAGAAUGAUCGACUUUGCUCACACCACCUUCGGCCACUCCACCAAUUCUUCCAACUUUAAUCCCAAUUCGACCACGGUACAUCACGGACCCGAUUGCGGAUUUCUCACUGGUCUCGACAGCCUCAAACGACUUCUCAUGGAGAUUCUCGCUGAAGGGACACGCGGAACACCGCGAAGAUUUACGUCGCGAAACACGAUCGGUUACAUUGACGAGGAGAUUCGGAACUCGAGGAAACUUCCUCGUGACGUGUGAAAAUGUCCCUGUGAACGAAAAAGAUCGAAACGAAAGCAAAAAAGAUGCGAAAAUCUGUGAGGAUGUACUUGGAUUGUAAACUUUAAAGACACACGCGCGCGCGCGCGCACACACACACACACACACACACACACACACACACACACACACCCAGAUACACACAAACGCGCGCGCUGGCUUUACGAAAAAAAAACACCCUAUUCUGAGUGAAAUUCUUUCGAGACUGUCCUUCGAGACUUUAAGACGAAGAAUGCAGGGGAAAAUAAAAAUUAAUUGACGUUUCGCUACUACGAAACGUUUGUAUAUAUGAAUAGUUUAUUCGAGGAAAAAAAAAAAUUAUAUUUGAAGCAAAUAAUAGGUAUUACAUAGCGAUAAAUCGUUGCCUUUAAAACACGAUUUAAAAGUAAUAUUCUUUCGGCUAGUUUGCCAGCUGUUUGUUUUUUUUCUGUGCGAAAGAUGUAAGGUGAACAAACUGGCCAAGAAGAAUUCGCGAAAACUUUUUCGUUCCUUGCGCGGUUAAUUUCAACUCUGAUACUCGGUGGCCGAAUAUUUUUUUUUCUCUGCCCUCUCGAGCGCCACACGCCAAUGAGUAUCGAAACCAUCACGUGAUUCAUGUGUGUUUAUAGGUGCAAGAGAAUUCUAAAUGAUAAAUUAUUAAUCAGAAAAACAAUGAUAGAUAGAAGAACAAUAACAACGUAAGGGGAAAAAAUCGUUAUUGACCACUUUUGUCGCCCACGUGCGAAAUAUUUUAUUGUUAGAAGGUUCACGGUUUUACUGUUCCAAUAGCACGGAGUAGAGCCCGUUGAACAAGGGGGGGGGGGGGGAGGAGGAGGAGGAGGCCAACCGGCCAACCAAAACCGGCCAUUCCUAAUUGAAACAAAAAAUCUUUUAAAAUAUUUGAUGAGCAAAAUGUGACGAAGGGAAUGAAAUUCAACGGGUAAUAAUUAUGUGCAGUUUUUUUAGAUUAUUUUUUCCGGACUAUCUUUUUUCCCAAUAUUCAACUUCGCGUGAUUGUCACCUUUUGGAUGAUUUUUUCAGAUUUUAAUUUUAUCCGUUUCUAUUUUCACAAAUAAUCAGAAUUAUAAAGGGUUUCCGAUUUCCCUGCAAAUUCCACAAGCCCAACCGAAAUAUCCUUGAUGAUGAAGGGGAAGUAAAAUAAAAAAUAGCAAUUAUAAAACACCCGUGAGACCGAAAAAGAGUAAAGAUUAGAACGUCUCAUAUUUUGCUCGGAUAGCUAAGGACCGAGAGUCUUUCUUAACUUUCUGUACAAACAUUAACAGCUGAUUUUCUUCUCGUUGAAAAAUAAAAAUAAAAAAAAUAUAAAUACAAACUAUAUUCUCAAAAGAAGAACGAGGAAAAGGUCAGCUUUCAGUGUUUGUCGAUUAAAUAUAAUUCAAAUGUAAAUAGUGUAAAGUUGAAAGUUAGAUAAGAAAAGAAGGGUUUAAAAUAUAUAUAUAUACAUAUAUAUUAAUAACGUAAUUGUAAAUUGGUAAGCUGACGAAUGAGAGAAGUGAAUUUUUUCGUAGCUUUAGAAGCAGAAUACUUUUGUGAAUUUCUCUCGUUCGCCGAUCGAUUGUCCCGUACAUUUCAGAUUUGAAACCUCGCCUGCAUUCAUGAGAGUAUGAAAAAGAAAGCAAGCGAUUAUAUAUGUAUAGAUAUAUAUUGGUGAGCAAGGUAUUUGAGAGGGAAAGCAAUACGCCAUGCUGAAAUGAGCAUUGAAAUAUGAAUGGAACAAAAACAAAAUUAGCAAACAAUUACGCUGUUGAUUUGGGCUAAAGAAACGAAUGCCCAAUAUCGUGCUUUCUGCGAACACCACGUGCCAGGAAUCAGCACCUUUCGAAUGGCAAAAAAAUCAAAGUUCAAAAUUAUUUUUGUUUAUUCGCUGUGAAAACCAAAACUAUAAAUUGUAUUAAUUAGAAAUAAUGUUAAUGAUCGUGUAUAUAAUGAUUUUUUUCUUUCUAGCAGAACAAAAUGUUACUUUAGGAUUGAAUUUUUCGUUAAAAACAUCUAUUUAUUUAUAUUGUAUUGAUUUCGUUGGAUUUAAUUCAACGUCAGUGUUGUUUUUUUUGUUUGUUUCGGAAUAAGCUCGGAUGAAUGUUUAUUCGAAUCGUGCCAAUGUUUCUGGUUCGCGCAGGUGUUGGCGAUAAAACAAAUAUUGUUCGGUGAACAAAAAACUCGCUCUGACUUUUAUUUCAUAGUUGUAUAUACGUAUAGAUAUGUGUAUAGAUUACUAAUGAUGUGAAGCAUCAAAGAGAAGAAGAAUACUGGGUGCUGCAUCCACGUGUAUUCCGCUGUACUCCAUGUAAAAAUAAAAAACAAAUUUAAUUGUUUCAUUGUCCGUAUUAUACAAGCUACAAUAAAAGAUCGAAAAAUUUUAUAAAA